AUGAUCCCCCUCCUUACCCUCCUGCCCCUACAGCGCCUCUGGCCCCGGCGCCUCCGGCCCCGGCACCUCCGGCCCCAGCACCUCCAGUACCUCCAGCCCCUGGUGCCGAGGCAGUGGGGCCGGCUCCAGGAUGGGCCCAGGGAACUCAGCGUCGCCGAGGGACCAUCUUGGACCUGCCAGCCCAGGGUAACCCUGAAGGUGGAGGGGCAACCUGUUGAGUUUCUGGUGGACACCAGUGCUCAACAUUCUGUACUGACCCAAGCAAAAGGCCCCCUCUCUGGCAAAAAGUCUUGGGUGCUCGGGGCUACGGGUCAGAAACAAUAUGCAUGGACUACCCGAAGAACAGUAGACUUAGGAGUGGGACGAGUAAACCACUCAUUCCUUGUCAUACCGGAGUGCCCCACACCCCUGUUAGGAAGAGACAUUUUGACCAAAGUAGGGGCCCAAAUAUCCUUCCAAGCUGAAGAAACUCAAGUGACUAAUCAGGAGAAAAAACCUUUGAGCCUAAGUGUCCUGACCAUGAGAUUAGAAGAUGAAUACUGCCUCUUUAAGAAACCAGAACCCUCCCGAGUUGGCCAGGAGUGGCUUGACCAGUUUCCAGGGGCCUGGGCAGAGAGGGCGGGUAUGGGGCUUGCUGUGAAUCAGCCCCCCGUGGUCAUAGAAUUAAAAGCUUCAGCCUCGCCAGUCACUGUGAGACAAUAUCCCAUGAGUAGAGAAGCCAGGGAUGGAAUUAGGCCCCAUAUUCAGAGGCUUAUGGAGCAGGGGAUAUUAGUAAAAUGUAAAUCACCCUGGAACACUCCCUUGCUGCCUGUAAAGAAAGCGGGAACAGGAGAUUAUCGACCAGUGCAAGAUUUAAGGGAAGUUAAUAAGAGGACACAGGACAUUCACCCCACUGUGCCAAACCCUUAUAAUCUCCUAAAUUCCCUGGCUCCGGAAAACACCUGGUAUACAGUCCUGGAUUUAAAAGACGCUUUCUUUUGCCUACGUCUGCACCAAAAUAGCCAACCGCUGUUUGCUUUUGAGUGGAAAGAUCCCUCCACAGGAACCACUGGGCAAUUUACCUGGACCCGUCUGCCACAAGGAUUCAAGAAUUCGCCCACCCUCUUUGACGAGGCUCUACAUCGGGACUUGGCCUUUUACCGAGCCUCCAACCCACAGGUAACUUUGUUGCAAUAUGUUGAUGACCUAUUGUUAGCUGCUCCUACCCAGGAAACUUGCCGGGAGGCCACUGGAGCCCUUCUGACUGAACUUGUUAAACUAGGAUAUAGGGCAUCUGCCAAAAAGGCUCAGAUCUGCCAACAACAAGUGACUUAUUUGGGAUAUUCCUUGAGAGAAGGGAAAAGAUGGUGGCUCACCAAAGCCAGAAAGCAGACUGUAACACAGAUCCUGGUUCCCACUACUCCACGCCAGGUCCGCGAGUUUCUAGGGAUGGCAGGAUUUUGCAGACUGUGGAUACCCGGGUAUGCUACCCUAGCCGCCCUGUAUCCCCUAACCAAAGGGACAGUCCCGUUUGUUUGGGGACCUGAACAACAGCAGGCCUUCGAUGAUAUUAAGAAGGCCCUCCUGUCGGCACCUGCCCUGGCGUUGCCAGACGUGACUAAGCCGUUUGUCCUCUUUGUGGAUGAACGGAACGGGGUAGCUCGAGGGGUGCUGACCCAACAAUGGGGACCUUGGAAGAGACCUAUCGCCUAUCUAUCAAAAAAAUUAGACCCAGUAAGUAGCGGAUGGCCUGCCUGUUUGAGAGUAGUAGCGGCCGUGGCUCUUUUAGUUAAAGAUUCUGACAAACUUACGCUGGGACAGAAACUCACUGUGGUUGCUCCGCAUGCGCUGGAAAGCAUAAUUCGGCAACCGCCUGAAAGAUGGAUGUCGAAUGCCAGAAUGACUCACUACCAAACCUUGCUCUUGAAUCGCGAUCGCAUGGAAUUUGCCCCGCCCGCCAUCCUAAACCCAGCUACUCUGCUCCCCGAUUUGGAGAAAGAAGUGCUCCAUACCUGCCAGGAAAUUCUGGCUGAGGAAACAGCGACCCGCCGGGAUUUGCGGGAUCAGCCCCUAGAAGGACCAGGGCUCCUGACUUGGUAUACAGAUGGGAGCAGUUACAUCAUGGGAGGUAAGAGGAUGGCAGGAGCUGCAGUAGUAGACGAUGACCGAAUCGUGUGGGCCAGUGGACUCCCAACGGGCACUUCUGCACAGCGAGUGGAACUCGUCGCCCUGACCCAGGCUCUAAGGAUGGCGGAAGGUAAGAGACUUAACGUCUACACUGACAGCCGAUACGCUUUUGCCACUGCUCAUAUACACGGGGCUAUUUAUAGACAGAGAGGGCUAUUGACUUCUGCCGGGAAAGAUGUUAAAAACAAACAAGAAAUUUUAGAUUUAUUGGAGGCCAUCCAUAGGCCUAGAGAAGUGGCAAUAAUACAUUGCCCUGGGCAUCAGAAAAACGACUCUCCGAUAGCUCAAGGAAAUCAGAGGGCAGACCAAGCUGCAAAACAAGCAGCCCAGGGAAUGAGCAUCUUAUCCCUCCAGGUAUACCCAGAAGCCACAUAUGGGAAAAUUAUUCUGCCCCAGAAAGAGGCAGGAAAAUACUUAAAGCAACUACAUCAGUUGACGCAUUUGGGAGCCAAGAACCUAAAAGCCCUGGCCCGGAACUCUCCUUAUCACAUCAUUGGUUUAGGAGAGAUGGCAGACGAGGUGGUGAGAAGUUGCGUUCCUUGUCAAUUAGUAAAUGUGAAUAAACAUCAGGUAAUAAGUGGGAAAAGGCUUCGUGGAAAUCGACCGGGAGCUUACUGGGAAGUUGACUUCACUGAAAUUAAGCCUGCCAAGUAUGGACAUAAGUACCUUUUAGUCUUUUUAGAUACCUUUUCAGGAUGGGCAGAAGCUUUCCCUACCAAGACCGAGAAAGCUCAGACAGUGUCCAAGAAGAUUCUUGAAGAAAUAUUUCCUAGGUUCGGAAUCCCAAAGGUAAUCGGCUCUGACAAUGGUCCUGCCUGUGUUGCCCAGGUGAGUCAGGGAUUGGCCAAAAUCCUGGGGACAGAUUGGAAAUUGCAUUGUGCAUACAGGUCCCAGAGCUCAGGACAGGUAGAAAGAAUGAACAGAACUCUAAAAGAGACCUUAACUAAAUUAUCCAUAGAGACUGGUUAAUGUGAUUGGUUAGUCCUCCUUCCCUUCACCUUAUUCAGAGUUAGAAACACCCCCGGCCGUUUUGGACUAACACCCUUUGAGAUAAUGUUUGGGGCCCCGGCUCCGCUCAAAUCGGCUCACCUCCAUACAUCCCCUGAAUGUGUAACUAAUAAGUUUCUGCUUGAAAGUUUACGGGCCCUAGAAGUUGUACAGAGAGAAGUGUGGGCCUCCGUCCGGGAAGCCUAUCGGCCAGAGGACUUCUCAGUGCCCCAUCAGUUCCAGGUGGGAGACUCUGUCUACGUGAGACGACACCGAAUGGGAAAUCUUGAGCCUCGGUGGAAAGGACCCUUCAUCGUCCUCCUGACCACCCCCAGAGCCGUGAAAGUGGACAGCAUCUCCUCCUGGGUACACGCAUCACAUCUGAAGAAAGCGCACCAGCCGAACCCGGAUUGGCGAGUAACUCGGACUGAUAAGCCACUUAAGCUUCGUUUGUGCAGGAGAAAACAUGCUAUCAGUGGUAAUUCUGUUACUCCUGCUACCUCCAGCCCACCAGAACCCUAA